CUUAGUGCCUGCCAGUCGUCUGUCGACUGCAUGACCGGAGAAUAGUUCUGUAGCUUUCCGCCAGGACUGAGUAAGGGGAAUAUGUCUCGUAUUCUAGUACGAUUUGCUUCUCUAAUUUCCAGAGAAGCGACAGCUAAGUCUGUGCUGUCACCACGGUGUCAGUUAUCGACGGUUCGUCCAAUUUGCACAAGUUCUGGCCUGAGGUCCCUGACACGUUACGAUGGUUCGGGUGUGUCCACCGACUGGCAGAAGAAGCUGACCCCGGAGCAGUAUGUUGUCACCAGGGAGAAAGGCACAGAGCUGCCCUUCAGUGGGAUUUACCUGAACCAUAAUGAGGUGGGCAUGUACCACUGUGUCUGCUGUGAUACACCCCUCUUCAAUUCUGAAUCCAAAUAUGACUCCGGAACUGGAUGGCCGUCCUUCUACGAGGCCCACGGAACAUGGGAGCAAGACGAGAGCCAUGCCAAUAUCGUACGUCGUCCUGACAACUCACUGGGCGGUACAGGGACAGAGAUCAUCUGUAAACAUUGUGACGCCCACCUUGGUCACGUGUUUGACGAUGGUCCGGACCCCACAGGCCAACGGUUCUGCAUCAACAGUGUGGCGCUCACCUUCAAACCCAGGGCCAAGUAACAACCCUGUGCCACUCGCGUUCCCGUGGAGGAAGAACAAGGCCCCAACAAAGCAGCUGCUGCUUUUCUCAGCGCAUCGCUAGGAUGGUGUCAUUCGGCAUGUUGUGUGAUGUCAUGGCUGGGCUUUGUGUCUGUCUUCAGCCUUGUUAUGUGUGACAGCUGGACUCUUCUAAGGGACCGGUUUAUCAGUUAUGGAAAUUAAAGUGUAGGGUGUUUUUCAGUCAAAAUAUAUGUUUUGUUGGAUUCUGUAUGUGUAUUUUAAGUGUGUCAUAUUUGAGAUCUGAGUGUAUGGCAUGUUGAUUUAAAUGUAAUUUAGUAAUGCUAGUCUUAUUGCAGACACAUCCAGACAAUUAAACUGAAGGACAUCAUGUUUAUCUCCAUCUCACUUAAAAGUUUACUCAAGGAAAGGUUACAAUGGUUAAAUGACAUGGGAACCUAAUGGUUCAAAAUGAUACCACACUGGUUCAAUGAAUUAUUGACCAACUUUUACCUGAAGUAAAUAUGGUAAAGUGCUUUAUAGAAAUGUUAUAUGUGUGUGUACAUAGUGUAUAUAUACCAGAUACUCACCACAGAUUUUAUCGUUCCAUUUUUUACUGUGGACUUCUAUCGGCCAUUACUAUUUACUAUGAACUACACAUAGGGUUCCCGAGAUGGUAGUGUAGCUGAAAGUUAUUUUUUUUUUAUGUGGAGUUGUGGUAGAGAGGCUAAUCCUAUCUACCUAAAUACCUAAUCCUACUCUGGGAGAAUGAUUAUGUGGCAGAACAUUUUUUUAGUGGAUACACAGAUGAUUGGGAAUGAAUUGCAUGCAAUCGCAAACUCAUUUAAUCCAUUCCAAUAAGCAGAAAAUUUGUCAGCUAAUACAUUCUCAUCCUCACAAUGUGUUUUUGUUUUGAUAAGGCUAUAUGUAUGUUGCACUUUUUGAUUAUUGUUAUUUCUUCCUCUAAGAAUCCCUUGAAUGUUAUUUAACAACAUGCAAUGUUAUUUGUAACAAAUAAAUUGUUUUAAAAAAUAAAA